UUUUGACAACCUACGGGUAUUAUCAGUACUCUCUCUCUCUCUAUCUCACACUAUAUUCGUGUAGUUUAGUCAAGUGUUUUAGUGUUAUCGGGGAAUGCAUUCUCAAUGGAUCCCGAAAACGAUGUUUACGCUUUCUACGAUAUUCGAGGUUUCAAGGGGAAAUGUAGACCGGCGGGCCCAAUAAAAUCGCCACAAUUUCUGCAACCGCGAAUGUCGCUCCUGGGGAAGCCGCUCAAUUAUAAUCGCGGCACACAUCGCCGCGAUGCGCGCUACCGACGGAUGCAAAGUCGACUCUACAAUUUUCUGGAGAGACCGCGGGGACUGCAUGCAAUAUUCUAUCAUGUGAUGGUUUUUCUGAUGGUGUUCACAUGCCUCGCACUGAGCGUGUUUUCGACCAUCAAGGAAUAUGAGGAGGAUGCCGUGUAUAUAUUAUUUCGCAUGGAGAUCAUAGUUGUCAUCUGGUUUACCAUGGAGUUCGGGGCGAGACUUUGGUCAUCGGGUUGUCGCUCGCGCUAUCAGGGAACACUGGGUCGACUUAAGUUUAUAAAGCAACCAUUUUGUAUUAUAGAUAUUAUCACCAUUUUAGCCUCAAUUGUAGUAUUAGGCAUGGGCACCUCUGGCCAGGUGUUUGCCACAAGUGCGUUGCGUGGUUUGAGAUUCUUUCAGAUACUUCGCAUGGUGCGCAUGGAUCGGCGUGGCGGCACUUGGAAGCUGCUCGGUUCGGUUGUAUACGCACAUAGACAGGAGCUCAUCACAACUAUGUAUAUUGGAUUUUUAGGCCUAAUCUUUGCAUCAUUCCUAGUUUACAUGUGGGAGAAGGACGUCAAUGACAAGUUCAACAAUUUCGCCCAGGCGUUGUGGUGGGGCGUGAUUACGCUCUGUACCGUUGGCUAUGGCGACAUGGUGCCCAUCACCUGGCAGGGUAAAUUGAUUGCCUCCUGCUGUGCCCUCUUGGGCAUAUCCUUCUUUGCGCUGCCUGCGGGUAUUCUGGGCAGCGGUUUUGCGUUGAAGGUGCAACAACAGCAGCGUCAGAAGCACAUGAUUCGGCGUCGUCAGCCUGCGGCAACACUCAUCCAGGCCGUCUGGCGUUGUUAUGCGGCCGAUGAGCAUUCCGUUUCGGUUGCCACCUGGAAGAUACAUCAGGUGGCACUACCAAGUCCGCCCGCAUCUUCUGAAAACUGGGAGCGAUUAUUAAAAAACAUAACCGAAUAUAGACGGGCCUCAUCCAGUUUUAAGCACAACACAUCCUUUGUGGCCCGCUUGCCGACCAUAAGGCGUCACAAGAGUCAGACCAUCCAGGCGGCUGGUCCCGAUGGCUCCACGCUGUCUAAGCCACCCGGUUCAUCGCGUGCCUCCACACGGUAUACUCGCACCAUUCGCGAUAUCAACGCAUCUGUUGAGAAUUUGGAGGUAGUACAAAAUGGCAAAUCCAUGAAUCCAAGUUUUAGCGAAGAUUCAGUUGCUGAAACAACUUGCUUAAAAAAUAUUAAAAAUUCAGACGCAAGCAACCAAAACCUAACGCACAAGUCAAUCUCUCUGAUUCACAAAUUGCCCGCAGAUGAGGAUGAGGAGCCGCGUUGCACGCAGCUGACAAAUCGUCACAAGAUCGCCAUACGCUUUAUACGCAAGCUCAAGUACUUUGUUGCACGUCGCAAGUUCAAGGAGGCAUUAAAGCCCUACGAUGUCAAAGAUGUCAUGGAACAAUAUGCGGCGGGUCACGUGGAUCUGCUGGGACGCGUCAAGAUGCUGCACUUGCGUCUAGAUCAAAUACUGGGCAAACAAGGCUCGAAGGCGAAAGAUGUGUAUGCAUCCAAAAUCAGCUUGGCCUCGCGUGUGGUUAAAGUCGAGCGGCAGGUGGUGGACAUUGAGGAGAAACUGGACAUUCUCAUCAAGGCCUACAUGGAGGAUCGUGAUAGAUUCUUAGCGCUUCCAUUGCCCGCAAAUCCAAAACCCAAAAUACAUUCCAUUAGUCCUAGUCACAGUCACAAUCUGCAUCAUACACACAAUCAAAACAUGAUCGAUGUGUGGAAACGGACCGCAACUCUAAGCGUACAUCCCGAGCUGGUCACGACGGCUGCAUCCUCGGCAGCUUCAUCUGUGGAUCGGCUGGACGCCAAUGAGACGGCGUUGACCUCAACGCAGACCAUGACGAUAACAACGGAUGCGAUUGCCACACAAACACCAAUGCCGCAUACACAGCAUACAGCGACCAAUACUAAGUCUUCCGUGCUUAACUCAUAUCAGCUACCGCCUGAGAAGCAACAGCACAAUGAUGUAUUUAUGACUGAAUUAGAGAAUAGAACUAAAAAACGCGUUACUUUAAGCCUGCAUAGAUCCACAUCGGAGCCAUAUAGCAAACACGAGCAACGCAUCAAUAUGCCAGAUGAGGGCGCACAAUCCUUGGAUUCCAGUGCCAAGCCAACGCCGCCAGAUAGUUCAAUUAUACUCAUUGAUGAGUAUGAGGAUUUCGAGGAGGAGGAUCUGAACUGUGAGGGCGAAAUGGAGCAUUUUCCAUCAUGGGAAAUUGACAGCGAUAUUGGCGCCGAUGGCAUGGAUGUUGAUCCAGACGGUGACUGUGAUGAGUCCACUGAGGACACGGCUCUUCUACACUGCGCUACGCGCACCGCCAUUGUUAUAACACCAAUUAGCCCAGUUAGCUCCGCACUCAAUCUUCAAAGUUUAAAUGACCAAACAACAACGCUUAAUAAAUCAAAUUUGCUUCCGCCAGAUUCUGGUUAGUUAAAAUGCAAUUAAAAUUAGUUGAUAUGUAAUAUCUAUAAUAAUUAUAAUUAUAAUAACUAUAAGACGAGUGUGCACUCUAGUCGAGUGUACUCUUUGCUGUACCAAGUUAUAGAGUAUCAUAGAUCAAUCAUACACGUACAUUCGUAUACAGUUUAUUUCAUUUGACUUUCAUCGAACAUUUAAAUGACCAAACUGCAAACUGCUUAAUUAAAUUUAAUCAAAAUUGCUGCCGUAACUACUAGUGUAAUAUGUACAUAUUGAACUUAGCAAGACUUACAGAUGCCCUGUAACAAGCUUAAGCUAACAGACACACAUUAAAUUGCUUACAACAAAUCGAUUCGUUUUUUUUUAGAUAUUUGCGAUAUAAGCUCAAAUUUGUAAGGUAUACUAGAAUCAAUAUACCCAACAUUUGUUACAGUUAUGAAAGAAACGAUAAAAAACUAUGACUAUACAUCAAUUGUCUCUUGAUGCAGCUUAAAUAAAUUGUAAAUGUAUAUAAAAAACAUAUGAUUUAAAAAGAAGUAAAACAAUGUGACCAUGGCGAAUGAAUGAAUGGACAAAUAGUAUAUAAAAUGACAAAAAGAAAAAACAUCAGUAUAAAUCAAUGUUAAAAUUAAAUUACCUUUCAUACAUAAUAUGAGAAUAGAGACAGUGCUUAAGCUAUUAGAGACAAAUUGAGCGUAGUAAAAGUGAUUUAAAGUGACGAUAAGAGCCUAGGAAUGAAAUGAACUAAUUUAAUAGUUAAAUUUAAAUUUAAACUAAUUUAAAUGAAAUACAUAACAUGAUAUAGGAGCAUGUAUGUCCAUUAACUGACAUGUUUUGUGUUCAAUUUAUGGGUAGCAACUAAUUAAAUCAAUCAAAAAUCAAUAAAGAAAA